AUGAAUCUCCUUUGGUUACGUUCGCAUUUACCUCUUCUAUCUCUUCUAUCUCUCCUGCAGUAUGGACUGCUAGUCGACGCUGGUGUACCGUCAGACAACAACUCCUGGCAGCAGUAUAUGGUUGCUCCAAAAAGUCGUCAAAUCACACCAGUUUCGAUCCUCUCUCAGAGCGGGAAUGUGUCCAAUGCGGAGGCCCUCGUCAAUAGCAAUACAAAAGGGGUCACGCGUCUGUCUCGUGCUGCUCCGCCUGCGUAUCCAUCCUGGCCCAACGGCACAACAGCGUCUGCUUCAUCGGUGGCUGCUCCAAACACAGACAACGGCCAGCCUCGAACGUACUACCCAACCAAUGCAAUUGACGGCAACCUCGACACGUUCUGGAAUGACAACACCCCUGGCGCCUACCCCGAUGUCCUGACGAUCACGAGUCCUGCCAAAAUCGAGCUCUCGGGCAUUACCUUGCAAAGCAACGAUGACGGCGUCCCGGUCGAUUUCACAGUGGAAACUUGGGACGGUUCCAACUGGACUCUGUCCGGCUCUGUCACGGGCAACGACGCCCUCCGCUGUCGCGUUCCUUUCGCCCAGACGGUGGUGACGGACCAGGUUCGCGUCACAGUGACCAAGGACCAACCUGCACCCAAGGGAGAAUAUACUCGGAUCAACGAACUGUGGCCGGGGAUCGUAGCAAAUGACCCGCCGGCCCCAGAGGUGGUGCUCGAUUUUGGCCAGAAUGUCGUUGGCUUCCUCCGCAUCUCCUUUGCGGGAGCGUCGGCCAACCAUCCUGGCAUCCGGCUUGCGUUUUCGGAGACCCAGGAGUUUCUCACCAACGUAUCCGAUUUCACGCGAUCAGACAACGGAGACACAAUCACACCAGGAACUGAUCAGUUCGCCGUUCCGACUGGCCCAGUUGAGUGGACGGAUAUCCACGGUUGCCAACAUGGCAGUCAAGUCUGUGCAGAUGGGCUUCACGGGUUUCGGUACCUGAAGAUCAGUCUGGAUGCAUUGGCUUCGGACGCGCCGUAUGCAGAGCCGUACGGCACUGUCGAUAUCGAGUCGGUCUCUCUCAAUUUCACGGCCUAUCUGGGACUCCCGUCCUCGUACACCGGCUGGUUCGAGUGUUCCGACGCGCAGCUGAAUCGGUUCUGGUACGAGGCGGCAUAUACGAAUGAGAUGGUCAUUGACACCUUUCUGGCGGACUACGUUGAUCCCCGGGACGCAGCCAGCCCGAGUCUCCUGGGGAAGACCGUCAUAUUCGAUGGCGCCAAGCGUGAUCGCGAUCCUUACGUGGGUGAUUUGGCCGUGUCCGCGAGGACAGCGUAUCUGACGCACAGUGAUGCUAACAUCGCAGCGCGAAACGUCAUCGCAGACUUGGCUGACCACCAGAGAGAAGACGGCUGGAUCCCACCGGCAUCGAUCAACAACUACACGCUCCCACUAUUCGAUUAUCCCCUGUGGUGGGUCACCACAAGCUGGGACUAUGUGCUCUACACGGGAGAUAUCGACUACGCAAAGACUUACUAUCCGAAUCUGAUCAAGGUCCUGGAUAGCUGGUAUCCUUCAGUGACGAAUGCCACGACGGGCUUGCUUUCCAAGGGCAUCAAUAACACCAGCAGCUAUGGGGAUUAUGCGUUUCUGCCGCGAGAGGGCGAGAUCACGUAUUUCAAUGCCCUGUAUGUUCUGGCCCUGAAAAAUGCGGCAGAGAUUGCCAACGUUCUCAAUAAGACAGACGAUGCCGCUCGAUGGCGGCAGCGAGCCGAAACUGUGUCCCAAGCUAUCAACGAGUAUCUGUGGGAUGCAAAUGCAGGCGCCUACCUCGACUCGUCUACAGGCAGCGUUCGCCACGGACAAGACGGAAAUGCAAUUGCCGUUCUUGCCGGGGUAGCCAAUUCAUCUCAGGCGCAGUCUGCUCUCGACUAUCUGGCAAACCAUACCGCAUUGCCCUACGGCAACGCCUUCAUGGACAACGAGUCGCUGGUGUCGGGAGGCUCCACUCGAGUGUACGCGUUUAUCUCGUACUUUGACAUCCAAGCACAUUUUCUCACGGGAGAUGCGGACUCGGCGCUGGACGAAAUCAGGCGGCUGUAUGGCUGGAUGGCGGAGCACGACCCCGGACUGACGUUCUGGGAAGGAAUCGGUGCUAAUGGCUCUGCGUACGAAGGCGCAUACACAUCGAUGGCACACGGCUGGUCGACGGGGGUGCUGCCCGCAUUGACGAACUACCUCUUGGGGAUCCAGCCGACUGCUCCGGGGUACCAGCGGUUUUCCGUGCGGCCGUCUUUUCCUGCCGGCGUGACCUGGGCGCGAGGACAGCAGGCGACUCGGUUUGGGUCGUUGUAUGUUGAGUGGACUGUCGAUGGCGGCAAGAUAACGAUCAACGUCGACGUCCCUCAGGGGACUUUGGGAGACGUAUCUAUUCCACAGCAAAGCGAUAGGCAGGCGGUGUAUCUCGACGGCGACGAAGUCUGGGAUGGUUCAAAGCCGUCUGCAGCAACGAGCAAUGGCACGGUCAAUGUGCAGCAGAACGACGGGUAUAUCACUCUCGUAGGGGUAUCUCCGGGCAGACACUCGAUUCUGUCAACAUCUUAG